AUGAAUGAUGUAUCAGAAAAUGAUGGUCCUAUUGAAAAAAAUGCACGUGAGGGCCAAAUGCAACAAGCCGAUAAAUUUCUACAAAAUACGGCAAAAAAACAGCAAUUAGAUGAUUUGAGUAUUGAUGACAAUGUGUUGGUGCCAGUACCGGUGGCUGAUCGAGGUCCAGCUGAUGCACGAAAUGUUCUUUGCGUUAUCAUGAACAUAAAAAUAGAAAAUAUCAGUUAG